AUAUGUAACGAGCUUUGGCCUGGCUUAGGUGUCUCCCUCAUCCAUUCCUCAGAGCAGCUUUGGACAUGGUCAGCAGCCUUAUGAGGGCUACAUGCUGAACCAAAGAACAUCAGUAAUGCUUUAAUGGAAACAAAACUAGCUUUAAAUUAAGGGAAUGUACAGUUGGUUUUAUCAUUAGUUGGCUUUCCAGUUGGAUUACUUUGCAACUUUUGGCUUUUUGUGGUUUCAAAGGCUUUUAAUGCCAAGGAGGCUGGAGGGUCAAGGACCAAAAUGAAAAACAUUAUCCUCCUCACAUGUCUGUCAGCUUUAAGUUGCUGUUUGGCCUCAGAAUUGUCUUUCAUAUUGGAGCCCAGUGAUGUGAUUGCUGUAAGGGAUCGUCCUCUCAUGCUGCAUUGCCAGGUGCAGGGUGAACAGCCGAUUACAAUCACGUGGCGUAAAAAUGGGUUACCUUUACCCUCCAGCCCUCGGGUCCAAGUUCUGGAAAAUGGGACGCUGUUAAUCCAGAGAUUCCAGAAGCGCAGAGAUGGGAGUGAUGCAGACAUGGGCGAGUAUGACUGCGCUGCUCAGAAUCGCUACGGCAUGCUGGUGAGCCGCAAGGCCAAAGUCAACUUGGCGUCUCUACCAAAGUUCCACACCCAUCCAGUAUCCAUGUUUGUGGAUGAAGGAGGAGUUGCUCGUUUCCAGUGUCAAAUAAAUGGCGUUCCUGAGGCCACCAUAACCUGGGAAAAGGACAGACGACCUCUGAACACGUCUGACAGCAGGUACACUCUUCUUCCAAUGGGAAUCCUGCAAAUAACAGGUGUGAGGAGGACAGACUCUGGGAUUUUUCGCUGCGUUGCCUCCAACAUUGCCAACACUCGCUACAGCCAUGAGGCCACACUCAAUGUCACUGGUGGAGCUCCUAGAACCUAUAAGGAGCCAGUCAUCCUCUCUGGGCCACAGAAUCUUACCCUCACUGUCCAUCAGACGGCCAUCUUGGAGUGCAUCGCCACAGGAAAUCCUCGGCCAAUUGUUUCCUGGAGCAGGCUAGAUGGACGUUCUAUUGGAGUGGAGGGUAUACAGGUCCUCGGGACGGGUAACCUGAUGAUCUCAGAUGUUUCCCUGCAGCACUCUGGUGUGUAUGUGUGUGCUGCCAAUCGGCCUGGCACCAGAAUGAGACGGACAGCACUGGGACGCCUGGUGGUGCAAGCUCCACCUGAGUUCCUCCAGUGGCCGCAGUCUGUGUCCAGACCAGCAGGGGGCAGUGCUGUGUUCACAUGUGUGGCUCAGGGUGUCCCUGAUCCCCACUUAAUUUGGCUGAAGAAUGGGAAAGUUCUGACCCCAGGACAAAAUGUCAAGCUGACAAAUAACAACAGCACUUUGGCGCUGACCCGUAUAAGCUCAGACGACGAGGCCAUCUACCAGUGCAUCGCGGAGAACAGUGCCGGCACUAACCAGGCUAGUGCCCGCCUGGCUGUGGCUCAAGCUAAGGACCUUCCUGCUGCCCCACAAGGGCUCUCAGCCAGCGCUGUGUCCACCAACACCCUGCAAAUAACAUGGAGUAACCCACCCACCAGCAUCACUGACAGCAUCAUCGGAUAUGUCUUACACAUCCGUAAACUGGGAGAGCCUGAUCGUCUGGAGCUGCAGGAAGCCAUAAGUAAAGACACGUUUCAACAUGAUGUGACCAACCUGGAGGCCAGCACCACCUACUCUCUGUACCUGAAGGCCUACUCUGCCUUGGGGGCGAGCCAGCAGUCCAACAGCAUAAUCGCCACCACACUAGGCAGUGUACCCUCCCCACCCACUUACUUCACCAAGGUGCUGAACUCCACCACCGUCCAAGUCCUGUGGGAGCUCCCAGGGAAGCCGGGGAAAGUCGAGGGAUUCCGGCUGUCUUUUCGCAGAGUCCCCCACACUGACUACCAGGAGCCUGUUGAACUGCCUUUUUAUGCCAGCAGUCACACCAUAUCAGACCUUGAAUCGGGAGCUGUGUACGAAAUCAAACUGGUGGCCUACAACGGAAACGGAGAGAGCGAUGGCACCAAGAGGUUGGUGUCGCUGGCAGAGCAAGGCAUAAGUGAUCAGAUCAGCGGAGGGAACAGUUUAUGUCAGUGCAGGGAUUCUGAAACCUCUUUGGGCAGCAUCGUUAUUGGCAUCCAUAUUGGCACGGCCUGCAUCAUCUUCUGUGUCCUCUUCCUCAUGUUUGGAUACCGUCGCAGUUUUUUUUGCAGUAAAGGGACUCAGAACAACUGGCCAGUACCAAGAAUCCAUGCAGGACAAAACAACAGCCCUAAAGAAGGAGCGAACUACCCCCAGGUGGAGUCUGAAGCACAGAUGGUGUGUCCUGCACGUUGCCAAGUCAUCAUUGAGCAGCAUCCAUCUGGCGUGUCUGGCAUGGGAACUGGCUGACAUUGGUCAAUAUUAUCACUUAACCUUAAUUCCAACUUUUCCCUCCACUCCCGUUUUUAAGCUGGUAUAUAUUCACUAAAACCCACUGCUAGUGCUAGAGUGUUGGCUUGUGGAAUAAGAUCGAUCCCGGUGAGUUACUACCCUGAGACCAACCUCCACCCCUACCUCAAACCAAAGCGUAUCGCCUUCAUGGCCUUUAUUGCACAUGUGUUUCUAUAUCCUACUGCUUGCAUGUGUGCUGAGAAAAAUUCUCCUGAUCAGGACAGCAUUAGUUUUGUAUUCACACCAAAGACAUGUCAAUUUUUCACUAAGAGUUUGUUCCAUAACCAAAAUAUUUUAUCCUCCAAAUUUUUGGUGGGAAAUUAGACAUGUCAGAUGUGCACUACGGAUUGAAGCCUAAACCUUAUUUUGUUAUAUGACUGAGAACAUAUUUUGUGUUUGUUGCAACAGUUUGUCCUUUCAACUAAAAAAGAUGUCAGCCUCUGCAAACAUCUUAAAGGGAGGUUCGACUGAUAAAAGCUUUUUUUUUAAAUAAGAAAAGUAUCCAAACUAGAAAAUGUUGACCAAUUCGUUUAACCCAAAAGUCAGGUAAGAAGGAUUGGAAGAUUUUCUCCAAAGAUAGCUACCUCAGUCUGAUACAGUGCUUUAUGGUAAUCCUAAUAAUGCUGCUUCUGUUAGCUAACCUACCAAGUGAAUCUAUAUUUUUAAAAGUUCAUUUUGACAAGUGCCAGUCACUGUACCAUGCCAGUCACUGACCAAUCCUGCCCAGGGUGAAUGAUUGCCAUGGAGACCAAACAUUGUUGGAGUGUUUCCUGAAAAAGCCCAAAGCCUUAUUGCACCAGAAGAUACAACCUGAUGUUUCAUUCCCCUCCCUACUGUGAAGUAAAGAUGUCUGUCUUUUUAAACCUCUUGAUUUAAAGGCAUCAUCAGCUGUCUCAUUUCAUGGGAAAUAUGGAUUGCCAGUAGUGCUCUGUCAAACGUUUAAAAAUCACUUCAUUGUUCCACCAAUAUGCUUUACUGAUACCAAGAGGCCUACCAUGAACUUCAGUGACUAAGUGAAGUUUCACGGUGAAAUGGACCUAAAUGCAUUAAACACCAGGAAAGCCUUUCCAAAAAAGAUCUAUGAAAACCCAGCUGAAAGAUAUCCAAAGAUGUAAACUAUUGGUUGGUUUUCUUUACGUUACGUUCAUUCUGCAUCACAUGUAUUAAUUUCCUUUCAGUUACAGGUUCUUGUAGAACCUAAAACAAGUGAACCCUGCUUUUGAUUUCUUCUGGAAUAAUUUAAAAACUUUUUGAUGUUUUUUUUUUUUUUUUUGGCUUAACCCAGAAAUGUGGAAAAUGUAUUUUUGUGAUUUAAUUUUCUUUCUUAAGAAUGACCAAAUGCUUAUUGUAUAGUUUUAAAAACCCUUUCAACGCAGAAGGAAGGUUUGUGUUGGAAAGUAGUUGAAUUUUUGCCAAAUAAUUGUUUAUCCUUAAAAACAUGCAACCAAAAAACAGUUUUGCCAUUCCAAAUUCUUUCCUUUAAUACGUUUUGCUGGCCAAAGCACAAGUUGUUGCAUACGAGAACAAAAGUAUGCAUAGAUGGUUCACACAGAUAAACCCUGAGGGCAACAUAACUGCAGAAUGGGCUGUUUCUAAAAACAGGUUUUGGUAGUUUACCAAAGAAAGCUAAACCAAAUAAAUUCUUUCUACGCUCAUACAUACAGUAUCAAUGUCCUUUGCUUGGCAUUUGUAAUAUCAUAUGAAGUCAAGUAUUGCUUUAAAAACCUAAUAUUCUUUUAAAUGGACUGCAUGCUUGAUAAGAAGCUUUUAAAAGCUUUAGGGUUUAAUCUUGCCAUUUGUGUGUCUGAGGCUCAGCAGAACGUUGGAAAUUAGGCCUGUUUUCAUUAUUUCAUUUGUUAACUAAAGAAGCUGAUAUACCAAUGUGAAACCAAAAAGUGAAUUUAUGGUAUAUAACCCAAAAACUCCAUGUGUGUUUGUAGUUCAAAGAGUCGUAGACGUUCAACUAGUUGUUUAAAUGAGAAACAUGUCUCUUGUUUUUGAAAUGGUUCUUUUCUGUGUACACUUCAAUUUUUUUUUUGUUUUUUUAUGAAAGAAAUGUAUGUUUUCUUUUAAAGAUUUGUGAUUCUUCAUUUUAUUUUUGUAAUAUUUAAUGUUUUGUUGUAACCCAGCUUUAACCUUGUAGAGUUACUUUGUAAGUUUUCCAGAAUUGGAGAUAAUUUAAGAUUUUUUUUUUCAGAUUUAACUCACAUUUUUACAUAAAGAACCAGAUAGUGAAAGAAAAUGAGUAAAAUAUCUAUAAAAAGUUAGAAGAUUUUAGAGAAGUAGAAAUUGACCACUGUUGAAAAAGCUUUAAUUCUCCUGCUGUAUGUUUUUUAAAACUUGCUGAUGUAACUACUUGCUCGCUAAAGCUUUACAUUGUGCCAUUUUGGCCCAGUUUUGGCCUUUGGCCUAAAACAAAAAUGGAUUUAGAAAAAGACAAAAAUGCAGCUUUAACUAAAAGCCAAUGGAUUUCCCAGUUAUGUUUUACAGUUCACAUUUUUGACUUUUAGAAAACCCUUUUUAUACAAAGCACACAACCUGAUCUUCAGAUUUCUAUUCUAUUCCUAGAAUAAACCUGCAGUAGCAUACCAAAAAUAGUUAAAGAACAAUCCACUGGACUUUGUUUCCAAGCUUGAAGACGUUUCGCUUUCCAUCCAGGAAGGUUUUUCAAU